AUGGACAAUGCACUCUUAUCACAAAUCCAAUCAGGAAAGCGUCUUAAGAAAACAGUAACAAAUGAUCGUAGUGCACCUGCGAUCGACUCGAAGCCUUCCCCAGCAGCAGCAGCAGGGGGAGGAGGAGGAGGGGGGGGGAGGAACGUCACUCGUUCUGGGGAGGACGUCCCUGCUGCUGCUGGCGGUGGGAUGGGCCGUCCUCCUCAGUUAGGAGCGUUAUUCGCCGGUGGAAUGCCAAAGUUGAAGCCUGUUGCUCCUCAGUCUGUCAACACCGCUUCACUCGCUAAACCGCCUUCGAUACCAAGAGGAUCGUCACCUGCGCUCCCAACAGCAGCACAAGCAGCACCGAGAGCACCUCCCCCACCUCGUGUACCACCGCCAGUACAAGCAAAACCCGCUGCUCCACCUCGUCCACCCGUGGCACCUCCUUCCAGACCAGCGGCUCCUCCUCCUCCCCCCGCAGCUGCUCUAAGGGCAGCACCCGUACCGCCUGCACCCCCCACACCGGCAGCUAGACCCCCUCCUCCUCCUCCGGGGACGACGACGGCAUUCCGUCCCCCUCCUCCUGCACCAGUAAGACCUCCCGUCCCCCCUCCCCCUCCCCCAGUACCGGCAUCGACAUCAGCACCAGCGACUCCCACUCACCCCCACCCGCAUCUCUCCUCCCGCCCCCCUCCCGCAGCACGGAGCACGCCUCCCCGUCCUGCCCCUCCUCCUCCCUCUCGCCCUACCCCUCCCCCCCGACCUCCUUCUCUAGGCCGACCCGCCCCUCCUCCCCCACCUUCUCCAGUAGGAGGCUCCCCCAUUCUUCCCCGCAGGCCGCCUCCCCCCCUUGCGCCCGGGCCUGGAGCUGGAGCUGGGGCAGGGGCAGGGCCAGGAGGGGGAGCACCACGCAUGCCCCCCCGGCGCGUCCCCGCCCCUCCCGCCCCGCCAAGACCGGUGAGCGAACUCCUUCCCCCCUCAACAGCUAUCCGCCCCCCUCCGGCGCUGCCUGGUGCGCCUUCCCUGCCUGGGAGGGGCCCGCCGGUGCCCCCUGGAGGAGCAGGAGGAAAGGACGGCACCGGCACCGGCGGCAGCAGCGCAGUUCGUACUCCCCCCUCCUCCAAACCGCGGCGUUCUUCUCCCUCCUCCUCGACGUGA